AUGAGGACUCGGACGAGUAGUUCAAGCGAGACGAAGUUCUCAGUCUUCGAAUUCAACGAAGAUGACGAGCUCGUCGAGAGAACCUCCGAGAAGAUGUUAUGCAAAUUCAAGAAACGUAAAGAUUCUGAGCCCCCCGUUGUUUCUCCUUUCGACAAAUACAAGUUCCUUCAGUGCUUUGCACAAGAAACAAACACUCAACAAAAGGGCUGUAGGAAUGAGCCAUUAGAUGUUGAUGCUAGCGACGAUGUUGUGGAGGGGAGGAUCUGUGGGUUGGAUGUCAUUCCAUCAUGUAGUUCCUCAAACUAUAAACCAACAUCCCAUUGUCGCUCUAGUUAUGUAGAAUCUGGAAGGUUCUUUUCUGAAGCGAACUCCAUUAUGCCAAGAGCUUUGAACCUUGGAGUCGCUUCCUCUACGGAGCUAAUUGGUAUAAAUUCAGAUGAUGAUGAAGGCAUUGAAUUGAGUUCUUCAUCAACAUCUUCAUCUGAAUUUGCAGAAAGUGAAGGUCCAUUAGACGAGCGGAAACUGGAGCAUGGUUUUUUUGGAUGUGAUAUUGGUACUGUUGUGGAUGUUUCCCCUGAUUACAUUAUAUAUGGCGAUAUGUACAGUCCAAAUUCUCUUUUGACUUUUUCUUGUAGCUGCAUUAAAAUCAAGGGUUCAGCUGGAUGUGGAAUUAAGGGACCAUUUAGCUUUGAAUGGAAAAUUGCUGAUGUUGAAAACAUUGAGUCGAUGUGGUGUGAAAGUGUUAAAACAGCUGCUGUGAAUCUUCAUCUAAAAUCUAAGGAUACAAAAGCAGCUGGAAAUGCUAACAUAAGUUCAGGCAUUUCGGAAUUGAAGUUUGCUGUUUAUGAUCCUCAAUGGUAUGAAAGAGAAGAAGCAAUCAAGUCACUGAAUAAGCGAUAUAAUUCCAUAUGGAGAGUUGUUAUGGAUAUUGAUACGGUAAGGAGCAAAGGCGCAUCACUCGGGCAGAACAACAUAUUCUCUUCAAAGCAUUAUUUUGCCAAUUUUGAUGAGCCCUUUGAAGAUGUCAUCUACCCAAAAGGAGAUCCUGAUGCUGUCUCCAUCAGCAAGCGAGACGUUAUGCUAUUGAAGCCUGAGACAUUCAUCAAUGAUACUAUCAUCGACUUUUAUAUGAAAUAUCUGAAGAGCAAAAUCAACCCCAAGGAAAAGCAUAGGUUUCAUUUUGUUAAUAGUUUUUUCUUUCGGAAGAUGGCUGAUCUAGAUAAAGAUCCAUCUACGGCAUGUGAAGGCAGAGCUGCUUUUCAACGUGUUCGAAAAUGGACAAGAAAAGUGAAUCUUUUUGAAAAGGAUUAUAUUUUUAUUCCUGUAAACUUCAGUCUUCAUUGGAGUUUACUAGUGAUAUGCCAUCCUGGGGAAGUGGCUGAAAUUGAAGAUGAGGAAAUGGAGAAGUCAUCUAAGGUACCAUGCAUUCUGCACAUGGAUUCAAUCAAAGGAAGCCACAGAGGCCUUAAGAAUCUGAUUCGAAGCUAUCUAUGGGAAGAGUGGAAAGAGAGGCAUAAUGAGCUUGUGGAAGAUGUUUCUACCAAAUUCUUGAAUUUGCAGUUUGUCCCUCUUGAGAAUCUGCUCGCAAUGAGCUUAGUGAUUUGGUCGAUAGUCUUUGCUGUGGCAAUUCCAAACCCUCUUCUCCCCCAUAUUCCUAAAUUGGGAUCGGGUAUAAACACCUGCUCAAUGGUCUCAAGUCCAUUGAGUACUUUAAAACAUCUUAGGAAUGAUGUGAAGAUUGAUAAGAAAGUCCUCAUUGUUGAAGUAGAUGAAGAGUUUAGGGGGGAUGCUAUCAAGAUUAUUGAGAGAACACCAUAUGCUAGUUUCUCGAUUUCUAUGAGUCUAGAUGAGAAUCCGGUGGAAGCCUUCGGCGCUUUAGAAUUGUUCUUGUCAAAGGAGAUUGGUAUGGUUAAGUUAUCUAAAUGGAUACCCGAGUCUAAUUCAGCAGGUGAUAGGAAUGAAUAUACUAGGCAAAAGGUUGAAGAUGAUGAGGUUGCAAGAGUUCAAACACGUGGCAAUCAAGAAUGGAAAGUUGUAUACAGAUCAAAUGCACUUAAGGAAAGAAGAGAUAAAUUUGGGCUGAUUAAUAGCACGUUGAUUCCUGGUAUUGGGCAGUAUAUUAAUGAGGGAGGGGCAAUGAUCAUGGGAUCAGUUAAAGGAAAUCUUGAGUUAGUGGGAGGUAAUUCAAAUUUUGAAUUAGAUACUGAGGUGAUUAAUGAUAAUAAAGAUAGUAUUAUGGAAAUAAAUGAUGUUGGAAAUGAUGUUGAAGAUGUAGUGGAGACGGUGACUAGGAGAUAUUGGGGACUAAAGAGGAGAAGCGAUAGAAAGAGGAUGUCGAUGGAGAUGAUGGGCUUAACUCAUCAACCAUAUCAUAAUGACUCUAACUGGUUUGAAAUGGGGUUCCCUUUGGGGUUUGAUGAUUGCAUGGAUGAUGAUAGCUACAUUGUUGAAUUGGGAUGGGUGAGGAGGAAUCCAGUAGUGCUUCCAAUUUCGACUAAUUUGAAGGGGGGUGGAGUAAAUGCAGUGGUCUUAGGUGGUCCAGAUGGGUUCUCCUCGUCUGUUCAUGUGAAUAAUGUACUUAUGGGAUAUGGUAAAGUUGUUGGAUCAGAUGUGUUAGAGGAACAGAAGGAUGAUUGUGAUUUAUUGAUAUGUAUUGAGAAUGACGGUCUACCACAGCAGGAAAACUCCUUUGAUUGUGGCCUCUUUUUGCUCCAUUAUGCCGAGCUUUUCCUUGAGCAGGCUCCUGUUAAUUUUAGUCUCUUCAGAAUAAGCAAAUCUUCCAACUUUAUUAAGAAAGAUUGGUUCUUGGCUGAAGAGGUUUCUCAUAAACGUGCUCAUAUCACACAACUCAUAUAUGAGAUUGUUGAGAAUAAUACCCAGAAAAUUCGACCGUCUGCUUGCGGAGAAAAAUAUUCUUUGGAAUUACCUGACACGGCUGAGGGGGACACCGAUGUUGAGUUUCUUCAUGAGAUAUGCAAUUCACCCAAGGCAUGUCGUGACAGUUGCUUUAAUUCUAACGAUCAAGAGGCUAAUAUUACACCGCUGGCAGCAACCCUUCGGGAAGGUGGAUCACCCAUUGAUGGAAAUUAUCAGCGUAUUGGCCAAAUGGUGUCAACUAAUCGGUUUAAGAAUGUCAUGUCACCAAUUGAGGAAGCUGAAGAAACAGGGGAGCAAACGACUGCUAUGUUGACAAAUAAAGCAGGUCGCAGCCAAAUGGCCGAAGUUACUGAAUCUUCAACAAGGCCAUGUUCUGCCAUAGAUUUGACACCGAUAUAUAUUGAUACUGAGGAAUAUGAGAAAAGUGACAGAUCAGCUGAAAAAUCUCUUGGUCGAACCCUAAUUUUAUUGGACAUACAGAAUGAGGAAGAUCACAGCAGCCCUAAAGAAUUGUUGGCUUUCAAUCUUGAAAGAGAGAGAGAGAAAUAUGAAUAUUCUUCAACAUCAACUGACGAUCUUGCAACUUGUAUAAUUCAGGAUUCUGAAGAGGAAAAUGUUAUACAUGAUGUCUGCGAGAGUGAAAACACUCCUUCCCUCCCGGGAGGGACUUUUGCCUUAUUUAAUCAAGAGGCCGAAUUCAUAGAGGAAACUGAUUGUAAAGGAAAUAUUAUGCUACCAGUGUCCAAAUUAGAAAAACAGCAGGCUGGAAAAAGACUGAGGCUUAUUCGGCUCGAGGGAAGAAGGAGAUUUACUAGAAGCCCAUUGGAGGAUGUGGGUUAAUGAACUUUAUUGUAAAUAUUAUUAGGGCCUAAUGGGUGGGAAAAAAAGAAGUCAAUAUAGGCUUGUGAAGGAUUUAGGCAGGUAAAUAGAAACUGGCCUUGUUCUCCUCACACCAAACUAGGACAAGAGGUGGUAAUGGUUCGGGGGCUUUUGCUAUUUCUCCUUAUUCACGCUUUUUUUUUUUUUUUUUUUUC